AUGACGUCAGUCGAGGACGAACGGUCCCCGCGGGCAGGGACGAAAAGUUAUGGGCUGGUCAGGAAAAACGUUAGCGGGGUGAAAGGGGAGAGUAAAGGAAAAGAUAGUGUGAUUAGGGUUAGAGCAGAGGAAAGGGAGAGAGGAAGAAGCGAACGGGGAAAAGGAGGGGUAAAGGAAAGGGGAGAGGCAAGCGCAGGGGGGAAGAAGGGAGGUGGACGCACGCGUGGGGGCAUGGGCGGGGGCAUGGGUGACAGGGCGAAUGGGGUAGGAGAGGGAAUGACUGAGGGAAUAACGGAAGGGCUUAUAGAGGGGUUGGCGGAGGGAAUAGCUGAGGGGCUGGGGGGGAAACGCGCGGAGGGGAGAGGGGCGACGCGAGCGGAGGGAGAGGAGGGUGGGCGAGCGAAGGGAGGUGAAAGGAGGGUGGGAGAUGCGGAAGAGAGAAAGGAGCGGAAAGAGUGGGCUGGUUCAGAUGCAGUACAAGACAUGGCAGUAGGGAGAGGAGGGGGGCGAGCAGGGGAACGGGUCGAGAUAAUGGCAGCAGCAGCCUCAGUGGCAGCGGCUUUUGGGGCGACUCAAAAGUCAACUCGGAGAGGAGGGGGGAUAGCAGGGGAACUAGACGAGAUGGCGGCAGCAGCGGCGUCAGCGGCGGCGGCGGCGGCGACGGCGACAGAGGAAGGGUCAGGAGCAGCGAUGCUGUGUGUUGAUAUGCAAGAAAAUGAAGAAGAGGAGUCAAGAGGAGGUGUAGAUGGAUGGGUUGACCCUGUAGCGGAAGAUUGCCAGGGGUGCAAAGAGGCCGAGAGUGAUGGAGAAGCAGAUAAGAGGGGAAAAGCAGGCUCUGCAACAGCAGGAAAGGCAAGAGAGGGUCGGCCAGGAGAAGCGGGAAAAGCAGCAGAAGCAGUAGAAGCAGGCGAUGAAAGUACUCUGAAUCAUUUGAAUGCUGGUAUAGGUCCCUUGGAUGGGUACGGGGAUGCUUUAGAAGAGAGCGCGGACCCUCUGGGAGGGUACAUAGAUCCUUUAGAGCAGUACAUGCUGUGGUCUGGCGUGGGGCUUGGGGGAGAGGGCGGGGGGGAGGAGGGGGAGAAGGGGGAGGAGGUGGGGGAGGCGGAGUUAGAGGGAAAACCAGGAAGAGAGGUGGGGGAAACGGUAGGUGGAGAAGAGGAGGAUGAGGCAGGGGAAGGGGAGGUGGGGGGAGAGGGGAUGGAGAGAAAUGAGGGGAGAACAGGGAGUGAGGAGCGAGGUGAGGAGGGGAGAGCGGAGAAGGGGAGGCGAGAGGAGAGGCGAGAGGAGAAGGAAGUUAGGGAAGGGCGGAAUGUGAGGGAGGGGGGCGAAGGGAGGGGAGUGAGGAAGGUUGGAGGGGAGAGGGAGGGGGGCGAAGGGAGGGGAGUGAGGGUGGUUGGAGGGGAGAGGGAGGGGGGCGAAGUGAGGGAGCAGGAUGAACGGGGGAGACAGGGAAGGGGGGAUGAGGGACAGGUGGAAGUGACGGAGAUAUCAAUGGGGAAGGAUGGAAAGGGAGGAGGCGAAGGUGGUAAGGCAGGAGGCGAGGGUGGUAAGGCAAGAGGCGAGGGUGGUAAGGCAAGAGGCGAGGGUGGUAAGGCAAGAGGCGAGGGUGGUAAGGCAGGAGGCGAGGGUGGUAAGGCAGGAGGCGAGGGUGGUAAGGCAGGAGGCGAGGGUGGUAAGGCAGGAGGCGAGGGUGGUAAGGCACGAGUGGACUUUGGGAAAUGUCAAAAGAGAGGGGAUGAGGAUGUCAUGGAAGUAACGGAGAUAUCAAAGGGGAAGGGUGGAAAGGGAGGAGACGAGGUGGGUGAUUUUAGAGAGGUGAGGGAAGGCAAGGGUGCGGAGCAUGAGUCUGAGGAGGAGUGUGAGAUUGUAGAGAGGGGGUUUGAGGUUAGGGAUGGUGAGAAGAGAAGGGAAAGGAAAGGGGAUGGCGGAGUGAGAAGAGGGCGAGUUGGAGAGAAGGACAGGAGCGGAAGGGAGAAGGGGAGCUUGAAAAAAAUUGUAAGGGAGGGAAAGAGGAGUCGAAGAGGAGAAGAGAAGGCGAGGGGGAAUGAGGAGGAGGGAGAGGAGGGAGGGGAGAGGGAGGAGGAAGAGGCGGAGGAGAUUGAGUUGGUGGAGGAAGAGGAAAAGGAGGAGGAUAAGGUGGGGGAAAUAGAGGUGGGCAGAAAGAGGAGACAACAACGGAGAAAGCACGAGGAGAGGGACAAUGAGAGAGAUGUAGGUGGGAAGAUGGAUGAGGAGGAGGAGGAAGUGGAGGAGGUAAAGAUGGAAGAUAUACACGAGUACAAGAGCAAGAGGAAUAAGAGGAAGCACAAGGAGAGGCAGGGGGGAGUAAAGGAGAAGAGGGGGGGAAAGAGGGCCAAGUAUCAGGAAGAAGAGGAGAAAGAGAAGGAUUGGGAAGAGGAGGGGGAGGAGGAGAGUGAGGAGGAGGAGAAUGAGGAGGAGGAAGGGGAGCAGGGCAGGGGGGGAAAGAGAUACAAGCAGAAGGAGAAGCGAUAUGAGUGUGGGCAGUGCAGCAUGGCUUUCACCCGGCCGGCAUAUGUGAGGCAGCACAUGGCCUCUCACUCCAACCAGGUGGGCUUAUCUUACUCUCCACUCUCCUCACAUGCCCCAGAUUUCCUUAGACGCCUCAAAACUUCCCCUCUGCUUCUGUUGAGGUGCCUCGAAGACCAGCUGCAGUCCACCAAAACAGCUGUAUUUCAAGAUGUCUCAAAACAUUAUCCUUCAACCCCUCUUCCCACCGCCCCACCCCACCACUUGCCUCACAGCAGAAGUCAUUUGUGUGCCCGCACGAGGACUGCAGAAGAGCGUUGGGGAAAAAGUACCAACUGCAUCAUCUUGAAGCUUCACUGCUGCUUCACCCCCCUCUUCCCACCGCCCCACCACCACACGGUUGCAGCAGAAGCCGUCUGUGUGUCCUGUCCACAUGAGGACUGGAAAGGCAUUUCCCACUUACCCUGCGAUCCUUCCUCUCGCUCUCUCAUUCUUGCUACCACUCCCUGCUACCCCACCCCACCACUUGCCUCACAGCAGAAGUCAUUUGUGUGCCCGCAUGAGGACUGUCGGCGGGCAUUCGGAGGAAGUACCACCUACGACAGUACAUGCAGCAUUCACAGGCCCCCGUCCACCACCCCCUCUUCCCACCGCCCCACCCCACCACUUGCCUCACAGCAGAAGUCAUUUGUGUGCCCGCACGAGGACUGCAGGAGAGCGUUUGGCAGAAAGUACCACCUGCAGCGCCACAUGCGGUCGCACGCCCCCAACCGGUUCCCCUGCCCACACCCGCAGUGCGCCCAGACGUUCAGCCUGCAUGCGAGCAUGCAGCGACACGUGAGGGAGCAGCACUGGGAGGAGGAGGGCAUUCGUGACCGGCUGGAUAGGGUAAACAGAGAGAUCAAGGGGAAGCAGGAGGAGGAGGAGGAGGAGGGGGGGAUUGGGGAUCGGCUGCACAGGCAAGAAUCUGCUGACGUGGAGGAUAACAGAGAGAUCCUUGCGACCAAUGGGAGAGAAGGGGCGGUGCAAGGAAUGCACGGCCACCUGCAGCAACAGAAGAGGCACCUGAAAAAGCACCUGGAUGCUGAUGAGAAUCACCUGAAGAGUCACCUGAAGGAGAAGGAGCAGCCUGGUAUGGAGAUGGAAACUGACCUGAAGCAACAGAAGGAACACCUGAGGGCAAUGAGGGAGCACCUGAUGCGGAAGGAGAUUCUCCUGAAAGAGGAGGAGGAAUUUCUGAUGCGGCAGCAGGAGCACCUGAGGCAACAGAGGGAGCACCUGAAACAACAGAACGAGGACCUGAGGCAACGAGAGGAGCAACUAGCAAGGCAAGAGCAGCACCUGGGGGAACACCUGAGGGGGGUGCACCUGGGGGAAGAGCACCUGGGGGAGCACCUGAGGGGGCACCUGAGGGGGAAGCACAUGGGGGGAAAUGGGUUGCUGCUGCUGCAGGAUGCGAUAUGCUUGUGCUCUGCUGCUGCCACUGCUUCUGUGGGGAAGACUGGAGGUGUUGUGGCAGCUGGUGAUGGCGAUGUGGCAGCGGCUGAUGCUGAUGUGGCAAAGGCUGUUGGUGAUGUGGCAGGUGCUCAUGAUGAUGUGGCAGAAGCUGUUGGUGAGGUAGCUGCAACCGACGCUGGUGCAAUGGCGACUGUUGGUACGAGCGGGGACGGUGGGGGAGCUCGUGGUGUGGCUGGUGGGAGUGCCGAUGGGAGUGCCGAUGGGAGGAUUGAGGAGGGCGUGAGGGAAGCGGGGGGGGGAAUGAUGCAAGGAAAAGUAGGGGGAUGGGAUCAGGGGAAGGUGGAGGUCGGCGAAGGAGCAACGGCAUCAGAAGUGGCGUCCGUGAGGGUAAAGAAGUACAAGCAGGCAGGGAUGAUGAGCUGGAAGCGCAGGAGGUGGUGUGAUACGGACAUGGCAAGAGAUGCUGAUGUGGUGAGAGGCAAGGAUAGAGAUGUGGUGAUGGCAGGGAAGCUGGUAAAUUGCAAGGAAAGAGAUGGCAAGACAAGGGAGAGGAAGUUGGAGGCAUCGGGAGAAGGCAAGUCAAGGGCCGGACCAUGCGAAGGCACCGAGGAAAGGCAAGCAGAAGGAGAAGGAACGUCCACAGGAAGUGAAGGAAAAGAAGACACGUCAGCAUCAAUUCACGAGGAUGCAGCAGAAGCAGCAGCAGCAGCAGGGGAAGGCACGGCGGGCACAACAGAGGUAUCGGACGGAACAGCUGCAGCAAGGGAAGGUACAGCGGGCACAGGCGAGGGGGCAGACGGGGCCACAUGUGGCUUGUGCUUCGCUUUUGAGUCGGCUCAAAAGGUACAGCGGGCACAUCCAAAGUCAGCAGACGGGGCCAUAUGUGGCUUCUGCUUCGCUGCCUUCCCGUCCCUCUCUGCCUUGGACCAACACACUCAGCAGCACCACCGCUCCCUGCCGUGCCCGCAGUGCAACAAGCGCAUCUCUUUUUCCCGCUUCAAGCGCCACCUAAAGGAGCAUGAGUUGAAGGAGCAACCUUCGUUCCACUCAUGCAAGGUGGAUGGGUGCAGCAAGACUUUCAGCUCGGUAAGCGCAUAUCUUUCUCGCGCUUCAAGCGCCACUUGA